AUGCCCAUUCAUAGAUGGAAGAUGCUAAAAGAGCUUGCAGAUUUAGGUUUACAAAUGUUUGAGGAUGCUUCUCCAGUUACUUUAUUUAGCAUCUUGGCUCAGCCAGCUCUAGUCAGUAGGAUUAUUGAGGCACAGUUGAAGGAUGGGGAGAUAAAGUCCAUCCACACACGAGUUUCAGGUGGCAAGGAUGUAGAGGGUUGGACCUUGCAUUCAGAUGGUUGUCUCAGGUACAGGGGGAUGAUGUUUGUUCUCUUGUCUUGUUGCGAUGAUGUACUUUGGGAUUUUCACCACUCUCAACUCACAGUUCAUCCUGGUGGCACAAAGAUGUACCACAAUUUACGACGGCAGUUUUGGUGGAAAGGCAUGAAAUGGGAUGUUUCACAGCUUGUGGCUCGAUGUCUUACUUGUCAGCAAGUGAAGGUGAAGCAACAGAGACCGGCAGGAUUGUUGUAA